GAAGGGAUAGUUUGUUGCGUCAGACGGAGCCAAUGUUGCUAGAUCUUGUUUUGAGCAAGACUGUGGUGGCCGCUGAUUGGCUGACGAGACCGCCAUAUUCAUUCUAGGAAAGUUCCAAGAGUGUCGCCAAUAUUAAGUGGUGUGAGGAAGACCAGAGUCCAUCUAGAUGACCCUCGGGACCAUGAACCAUGACGCGGACAAAGAGGAUCUCAUACAGCUAGAGCCUCUGGUGCAUCAAGUGAGUGGCCACUCCUCCAUGUUCGUCCUGGAUGAUGUGACAGUGUGCAAGCCUCUCAUUGGUCGGGAGUACAUGUUCUACCGCACCCUCCCACCUGAAAUGAAGCAGUACACCCCAGAGUUCCACGGCACCUUACGGGUUGUUCUUCAGGAGGCCCAAGAUGGCCUCACCCUGGCUGCCUUGCCCAACAAACAGAUUCCUGCCCCUAGGAACACUCAAGGGCCACAGCAGCAUGGGAGGUGUCUGCGUCAGGUAUGCUCAGGUAGUGUAGAGCUAGAGAGUGAAGGAGAGGAAGAGUCUCCCUGUAGUCCACAAGACUCUUCAAGCCUCUCCUCCAGAGCCUCCACAACCACCACCACCACAGCUUUGGCACCACUCCCUCCUGACUCACAUAAUCCUUGGCUGCAGCAGUGUCACCAAACAACACUUCACAAACUCAAGCAGAAGUCUGACUCCUCCAAUGUUGUAGAAUGCAUCAUGCUGGAGAACCUCACUCACAAGUUCAGAUAUCCCUGUGUCUUGGAUCUGAAAAUGGGCACCAGACAGUAUGGGGAUGAUGCUCCUGAAAGCAAGCGCAAAAGUCAGACUGCUAAGGCUGCCAACACCACUACCAUCACCCUGGGUGUCAGACUGGCAGGGAUGCAGGUUUACAACAAAGAGGAGAAAGGAUACCACUGCAAGAACAAGUAUUAUGGCCAACAGCUCUCAGAGGAAGGUUUCAAGGAAACUCUUCUGCAUUAUCUCCACAAUGGGCAUGGACUUCGUCUUGACAUUGCAGACAUGAUUAUUUCAAGAUUAGAGGAACUUAGUUCAAUAAUAUCAAAAUUAGAUUCUGUAAGAUUCUUUACCUCAUCUUUAUUAAUUCUUUAUGAUGGAUUUGACCCAAGUGGAUCAAAUUUCAAUCAGCCAGACUGUAAGACUGAAAGAAAGAGAGAGCCUUCAGAACACACCAGAUUAAGCCACUGGCCAGACCAGUUGGGCGAAGGCUCCAGCCUGCCCCAGGACAAGUGGUCACCCAAAGACUCCCGCAUACCACCCAUCAAAAUGACUCAUCCAGCCUACAUUCACGAGAUGCCUAGCCCAGGAGGAGGGAAGGCCAGGGAACAGGUGAGCAGGUGUGAGUCUGAUGCCCCGUGUAAGUCUAAGGGCUGGCAGAGAAACAGAAACCACAGGCCGCCCAUUGAUAUUCGCCUCAUAGAUUUUGCCCAUGCCACCCACAAAGGCAUGGGGGACUCCAAACUGUACAGUGGACCAGAUGAGGGGAUUUUGUUAGGUCUUAACAGUCUCAUAAAAAUUUUCACUGACAUUAGAGAUAGAUAUAAGCACUGACCUGUAAUGGAGUCCCAUGUUCCUCCCUGUCUUCUGUCUGCCAGUCAGUCCAUUUCUCUCUCUCUCUCUCUCUCUCUCUCUCUCUCUCUCUCUCUCUCUCUCUCUCUCUCUCUCUCUCUCUCUCUCUCUCUCUCUCUCUCUCUCUCUCUCUCUCUCUCUCUCUCUCUCUCUCUCUCUCUCUCUCUCUCUCUCUCUCUCUCUCUCUCUCUCUCUCUCUCUCUCUCUCUCUCUCUCUCUCUCUCUCUCUCUCUCUCUCUCUCUGUAUAUAAUCAUUAUUGUCUAUGUUAGACACCAUAUCUCACAUUCAAAAUCAUCACUUCAUAAGUAUUUCAGUGUGUUGUGUAUGUAAAAUAUGUAGCUGUAUAUUUACUAUUCCAUGUGAAAAGUUGUAUAUAAGAUGUAUAAAUUCUAUAUUCCAUAAUCAGAGUAUAGAUUUAGCUGCCUAUGACUUAGGCAUUCUUGACUCAUAUUAAGUUUUACUAUAAAAAUCUCAUAUGUAAAUAUUGUGUUGUAUAUUACAAUAUAGUGCCAAAGCACCACCAAUCCAAAUAUCUGUUCCAUAAAGAGGAACUAAAAUCAACAUAGUAGUUUAAAGUGACACAGAAUUGGGUAGUGAAAUAUUCACUAAAUCACAAAGGGUUGAGCUGUUUGAGGAAAACCUCCCUUGAGUUGUAUAACUGUAAAAUGAAUUUUCAGCACAUAUAUCUGCUUUCACCUCCAAGGUCAGUGUGGAGGCUGACGGGAGCAUACCCACCUUUGAUAUGAAUCCCACCAGAGAGAGAGAGAGAGAGAGAGAGAGAGAGAGAGAGAGAGAGAGAGAGAGAAUAUAUACAUACAUACAUACAUAUAUACACACACUUGCUUUCAUAGUAACAUAGUAACAUUCACAUACAUGAGGAAAAGUUGAAUUAUUGCAACAGUUGCUUGAUGUGCUGCACUAUUUUAUCAGUGUUAAUUUUACAGUAUAAAUAUUUUGUCAAAUUAAGUUCUUGCUGCAUUUUACCUUUGCACACAAGGAAUACAGUUCUUAUAUAUUAGUGAAAAGGAUUUACUCCUCUUAGAGAGAAUGUUGUUUAUCAUGGAGCAGAUAAAGUAUGCCAGUGUGGUUGAAUCAGUGAGUCACUCUCUCCUGGCUCCAGCUUUCAAGAUUGUCACCUGGUUGACGACAAGUUUGAGAUCAGGUAUGUAAAAUAAGGCAUUUAAGAACAAGUAGAUUUUGUUCAAAAUCAGCUUGUCAACACAAGACAAUUAAUCUCUAUCCUCCUUCCUUUUCUUCCUUGGACUUUGUCAUGAUCAGUGAGUCAGUUAAUACCCAGAGACCAAAUAUAACCAAGGGCAUGGCCAUGAUAGGGUCAUACAGAGCCACAGCCAACUGCUUUAAAAGAGGACAGCUAGAAAGGUAGCCAGUUUUGACCAAAGGAAGCCCAGCUAAUACGGAUUUAUGUUGCAAUUACAUAAACAAACAACUGGUGUUCAGUGGGUGGUUGGGGGUUAAGACAUCUCAAGUGUCAAACCAAAGCCAGUAAUUUUCACACUUUUCUCAUAAAACAUUUAGUAUUUCAGCUUGAUGAAUAUAUAUUAAGCUCAAAGACUUAACACAGAAUUCAAAGAAUCAUACACACACACACACACACACACACACACACACACACACACACACACACACGUACAUGCAAAGUGUGGUUGCUAAAGUAUCAGUAUAUAAUAGUUAGAACCAGGAUGUGAGUAAAUAUCAAGUGAUUAUGAACAGGAAGUUGCUCAGGUAUGUGACUUUUCACAGCCACUGGUCUGUGAUGGCUCAGCACUAAGAGAGUGGUGCCUGGGAGGUAGGAAAGUGCUCUUUCAGUAGAAAUUACUGAAGUAUUCCUAUAUAGGCAGGUGUGCACUGUCCCUCCAAUACCUACCUUGUCUAACAUUGUAUCGUGAGGCUGAUUCUUUGAAUUUUAAGAAUGUAUAUAGAAUCUUAACCACUUGAGUUUAAAGUAGAAGGUAACUGACAAGAAAUGCUCCUUUUGUUAACUAGAAGAUUGAACCUGUAGGCAGUAAUCAACAUCAUAUUAUCCCAAUCUAUCUGAUAGAGUCAAUAUAAAUACCUUAGAAAAAAUGUGUGAAUAAGCUCAAAAAUGUUUUAUAUUUUUGUAUAGCAACCUAUGGGCUUCAUAGAAUAUCUCUGAGAACCUCACUCCUUUCUCUCAUGCAGUCCCUUGACUUAUCCUCCUUUAUCAAAUUAGAUUUUUCCUUAGAUAUAAAUGUAGUUUGUCAAGCCACAAUUAUGAUUAUUACUAAAUUCACCUUGUCUUUUAAGGUAAAUCUCAAAAAUGCAUUACAUGUUCUGUUUUGUUUUCCAAGAUUAAAUACACUAGGAAUGUUGUCUCUCAACUUUUUUUUUUGUUCAUUGCACACCUUCAGUGUUAUGUAGUGUCUUCACCCUGCUGCAGGCCACAUGUACAGCGCAGUGUUUAUCUCCCUCCAUGUUUGCAAAAAUAGUGCUGUAUAUGCCAGUUCAUGAUAUUAUGAGAUGCAGAUGCAUAAAAUCUGACACUGCUGGAUCUUGCAUAUUAAUUGUCUGUAUAUGAGAAGUGACAACCCAGUAAGAAUCCUAUGGCUUGGUGCAGGGCCAAGACCUGUGUCUUGAAGACCACUGUUCUAGAGUGUAGGGAUAUGACAAUAUUAUUGACUUUAUGUUUUGUACUUUCUAUAUAUGUAUGUUCAUUGGUACUUUCAGUGACUACUCUUCCCAGGUUGUUGGCUCAGUUGUCUUGACUUCAUUGUUUUGAGAGGUGCAAAUGUUUUAUCCUAGGAGUAUUUGUUACUUCAAUGCAGGUGGGCCUCAAGACAUUCAGAGAUACAGAGUUAUGAUAUACAUACAUAUAACUGGGUAAUGUAAAUAUACAAUGAAGCCCUGAGAUAGAGAAGUAAUUUGUUCCAUGGUUCAUUGUAAUCCUGAAAACAUCGUAACCCAAAAUCUUGAAGUACAUUAGUCAUGCUUAAUUUUACAUUUAUAAAGAAAACAUGGAAUAACAAGGUCAUCAGAAUUCUAGAUAAUCAUGCUUAGUAUCUUGAACUAAGUCCAGCUGGCAGUUAAUUGUUUGAAUGAGAGCCAAGAGAGUACCUGAAUACUACUUUGAGUAUAAUUCUAUAGUCCAUUAUUUAUAUUUGAAGAACAUAUGAGCUCAGAAGGGAAAUUACAUUGUGGUACUGCAAGGGGAAGUCAUCAUAGAGGAUGUGGAGGGACUUAACAGACCAUGGGAUACAAGUGAUUAAGGAUCUCAUAGUGUUGGAAGAAGUGAGAGAGGAAGAACACGAGAAUGAUUCCUUGAUGCCCUGAUCUGCUGAUAUUGUUUUUGCUAAAGAGGACAACUAACAGACCAUAAACAGACCAGGAGACUCAAGAUAGAGGGAAAUUGCAAAACACAGUGAAAAUUAAUACAGAAGGUUUCUCAACUUCUGACCACAACUGUAUCAUCACAUGCACAUCACAUUUUUCAUUCUUUAUUGUAUCUUGUAUGUUGGGGCCUCACUGUAUAAUAAGUAUUCUUGUGUUUUUAAUGGUUUACUAUAUGAUCUAGGUAUGGUUUCUUAUAACUGAUGCACUUGCAAAACUAAGAUCUUUUAACAUAAGGGAUAUGAUUAGUGUGUGAAAGUAUAUUUAAAUUAAAACACACCAAUGAUUUGAAGAUCAGCUUUGAUGUCAGGGUGGUGUUGAGUGUAGCUUUGGGGAUUGUUGGUGUGGCUUGGAUAACAUUGUACUCAGAAAAGUAAUGUAUUUUUCAAGGAUCAGAAAAAACAAAUGUUGUUGGAUGUCUCCUUAUUAAUGUGCAUCAUGUUUUAUACACUUACUAUUAUCAUUAGGCAUCUCCACUUUCUGAGAAAUAUUUGGGUUAGGGAAACGUUUCCCUCAAAAAUUUCAAACCUUUUAGACAUUUUAGGAUUUGCAAAGAAUUGAUAACAAUGAGUAUAUUUCUUUUAUUGGUUUAGGUUAGUGUCAAUAAACUUAGAUGCAGUUAGACAACUUGCAGUGUGUGUUGUGUCUUUUUGUAUAUGAUGUAUCAGACACCACAGUUUCUGGAGUGAAUGGGAACAAGAAGUUAGCAAAGAACAAAGAAGUAAAGCAAAAGCAGUGAAGAUGACUAACAAUAAUGAGAUAAUUGAAUCAACAGUUACCUUCAUGGACAUGAGUAAAAGCAUAUUUGAUGAAGAAAAAUUUCUUUUUAUUCAUCAGUGCUGCACCUUUUAGUACUCUGAGCUACCAUUAAGAUAUGUCAUUGUCUGCACAUCACUUCUUCCUUUUCCUUGCUCAGCCAGCAUCACAAGUUGGUGGGUUUCAGUGAGCACCUGCUGACAUCAACAGGCUCAUUCAUUUCUGUCUCAAUGUCUUUGAAAAUGUACCCAAGCCAAAUUCUUGUUAAAGAGCAGCUGAUAGAAAAUAAGCUGCCCUAAAUUUUUUUUAGCUUUUAAGUCAUUUACAUUGUGUACUAACACAGCUUCAGUUUUCACUUUGUGGUAAUGAGUGUUCUACUUCAGCACUGUGAAUGGCAAUCCACUCUCAGUUUUGUAAAGAGACAUUUAGAAAAAAGUUGCAAUAAAAUUUCAAUUUAAUUCAUCUUGAUUUGGGACCAAGACAUUUUUAUUUACUAAAUUCAAACAUUAAAAAGAUAUAAUUGUGUUUCUUAUUAUAUUAUAUUAAUAAUUUUUUGACAGUGAAUGCAAAUUCUGCAUAAACUGUGCUAUUGUAGAUAUUUAUUCCUACAGUUAUUAUUUCAAUAUUAUUAUUAUUAUUAUUAUUAUUAUUAUUAUUAUUAUUAUUAUUAUUAUUAUGUACAGAUAAAAUACUGAGAUAAUACAUGACAAUGUAAUGAUAAUGUUUGAAAAGCUCAUGGUGGAAUUCUCAGCUGGUUUUUUGCAUCACUUGUAUUUCCUUUCUGUGCAAAGCCUGAAAAGUUUUUUUAACUUGCUUUGAAACACUAGUGAUAGCUUCUUGGCAGUAAAGUAACAAGCAAGACCAUUGUUUUGGAAGGGCAGUACAGAUAAAUGAGUGCAUCUAGCUGUUUAUCCUUGUCUUACUUAAGUCUUCCUAGGUCAGAUGCUGAGCUUGUACUUAAACCAAACCAAAAAUAACCACUACUAAGUGUUGCAGUAUUUGAAGCAUUUUACCUCAAGUAGGAGAAGGGUGUUGGCAGCAGCCGGCAGUGAGGAGAGGCAGCAAAGUAUAAAUGAAACCCUGAAUUUCUUUGUUCAUUAAUAAGAGCUGUAGGAUUGUUAAUGAUAUAUGCAUUUCCCAUUUUGUGUUAUAUGAGGAUGGUGUUUAUAUUGUCUGGUGCUAUAGAUUAAGCCAACCGGAAAGGAUGAAACACGUAUGCAGCUGUAAGUAAGGUGUACCACUUCUGUAAUUAGUCAUUCUUAAAGUUAUUCAGGGUUAUUUUUAGGGAGGAUUUAUUGUAAAUUUCUUGAUAGCUUACCAUAAAGAAUAUAGAUGAUAUUAAGUACUGUCUCAGCAGAGUGCAAGUUCUUAGGUCUCACUGUAUGCUUAUGUUCCUGAUAAUGAGCACAUUUGUCAAAGCAUAAUUAAUAUCAAAUCCAAAUAUUUGAUUCAGUGAAGAAAAUGUAUAUGCUCCCAGUCAUCAUCAUCAUCAUCAUCAUCAUCAUCAUCAUCAUUAUCAUCAUCAUUGUGAGCAUCAGAGCAUCAUGGUCUACAUUUAAUUGGGUGAAGAGUCUGAGUCCAGGCUGAAAAAUAGGGAAAGUUCAGGAAAAUAUUGCCGAAUUAAUUGGAUUACAAACGCAGUCAAGCUGUAGGUAUGUGCCUUCAUCUUACUUGGCCCUGAGCAAGCACAGAAUCUACUGCUGAUGUUUCAGUAACAUAUGUUUAGAUAAAUUAUAGGUUUCUUACUAAAUCUGCCCUUCUGGUAUGACAGAAGCAUACAACAUUUCUUGUACCAUAGUAGUUGUGGUUUGAAUUCCCAACAUGAUUAGCCUACACAGAUUAUGUAAAUCAGAAUUAUGAACAAGGAAAAAAUUAACCAAAAAGAUGAAACAGUAACAUGCAAGGAAGGUUUGUCAGAUAGUGGUACUGUAUUUGGUUGUUGAAUAAGGGUGUAGUUUAAUAGAUACUGUUCAGUAUGAUACUUAAAUGUACCAACCUUGCUGUGCCUUUCUGAGGCAACUAAUCAUCCCUUAGAAAUGGAGUCUGCAUCAAAGUUGAAUGUUGUCAACUAUUUUUUUUUUUUUUUUUUUUUUUUUUUUACAGUAUAAUUCCCAAGUCUGCAUAAAGGCCUGUCUUGUUCAGGGCUGAAUGAUGGCCACUGACCACAGCAGCUGAUGUCUAAUGUACUAAACUCUCCUCCAACCAUCUAGGAUUAGUGAGUGGAUGACUACAUUGAGGGUCACAAUUAUUCAAGGCAGCUGGAGGAUGCCAUGGUCCUGUUCUAAUAUAAUAAAUAUAUAUAUAUAUAUAUAUAUAUAUAUAUAUAUAUAUAUAUAUAUAUAUAUAUAUAUAUAUAUAUAUAUAUAUAUAUAUAUAUAUAUAUAUAUAUAUAUAUAUAUAUAUAUAUAUAUAUAUAUAUAUAUAUAUAUAUAUAUGGUAUGCCACAAGGUCAAAGACCCAGAAAACAGAUGAACUCUGCAUGUAUAUACAUUUUCACAUUCAUUCCAGGUGAAUGCUGCUUCUUGUAUGACUUAUAAAUUGGGAUUUUACUGUGUAAAUAGGUAAAAGGAAAAGGAUAAAUAAUAAAAUGUACCAGUGUGACGUAGUAACCGAUGGUUAGGAUGAUGAGUGAAACUCACUUGUGACAGUGCAUGUUGCAGUGACUGUAAAAUCAUGAAUAUUUAGUACAAUCUUGUUUUAUGGAGUUCUCAGUGUAUAUGAUUAUAGAACAUUAUUUAAGAUACAGUUACAUGUAGUGUAAGCUUUAAAGGUACAAAGGGUUGCAUUUUUAAUGAUGACCAGAGUUUCUUUCAGCUGAUUUAAGGCGUUUGUUGUAAUAUUUAGUUUGUUGAUUAUUUGAGGAUUAUAUUGUGGUGUGCUAUUCAAAAUGGAAAUAAAUGCACUUGAAAAUCUU